AUUUUUACUUCGGUUUGUGCUGUUAUACCUACAUUGUUGAGCUAGAAAGAUGCGUUUAUUUUUGGGUCUAGCAGUGCUAUCUUUAUCAGCAUCAAUUGUCAAGGCCGGUUUCGUUCUGAGCGAAAAAUUACCCGCCGGGCAAUGUGGACCCAACUCGGAGUACCUAACGUGUGGAACAGCUUGCCCUAAGACCUGUGAAAAUGUUCUAAGCCCUACGGGAUACGGUUUUUGCACUGACAAUUGUGUAGCAGGAUGUUUUUGCCUCGAAGGAUAUGUGCUGGAUGCGGCUACCAAUAGUUGUGUGCUGCCUUCGCAAUGCGGUCAACCAACAUGUGGCGAAAAUGAGGUCUACACUACAUGUGGAUCAUCCUGUCCGGCAAACUGUAAGGAAUAUUUCACGCAAAACGCUACGGCAUGCAACUUCAGUUGCUUCAUCGGAUGUGUUUGCCAAGAAGGGUACAUCCGCAAUCAUGAAAAUAAGUGUGUGAAACCGAAGCAGUGCAAACAGAAAUGUGAAUGUCAAUACAAUUGAUCGUGUUAUGAAUUAAUAAAAUU